AUGAGGCCGCUGAUCGAUCGUGGCCAUUUUGGCUGCAAGACGAUCGGUCUGCGGCCCCCGUUGAGAUUUUUGCAACCCACCCCUCCACUCCCUUUGUUGAUCAUGCAGCGAUUGGUCAACUUGGAGGCCCUGGCCUUUGGCACACAGGAACAGCUCUUCCGACCGUGUGUGGACUGCGGCCUGUUCACCGGCUGCUUCUGCGACGGUCUGGGGCAGCCCUGUUUCGCAGCCAUUCGGGUCAAGCAUGGUGUGUUCCACCGAGCCACCACAUGCAAGACCCUCAAAGGCCAGAGGAGGGCCAACCAGAUGCUGCUUUCCAGAUCGACCCCGACGAUGCUGGCGAGCGGGAAGCUCCGCAGCCUGAUGCAGGCGGCGAGGACGCGGAGCGCGAAGCUUCAGUGUCCGAUGCCACUUGCUCUAGCUACGUUGUUGCUGAUCAAACAGCCAGUCAACCAUGAGGGGGUGUUUCAGUUCGAUUUUGUUACAUUGAAGGAUGGCUUUCGCCACCUGCUCACUGCCAGCUCUGAUUUCUGUUGCCGCCCGUGCUUUGACGAGUUCGGGAAGAGCGGUUCGAGGCAUGAGGCAGCACAGCUCGUGAAGAGUUGCUGGCGAAGUGUUGCAGUAUGGAGGCGUGCGUUGAGCGAGAGAGUUCGCUCGAUCGGCCAUUCCAGUUUUGACUUCGGGUCUCAGUGGAGCCCGCCCGGCUUCUUCGAGGGCAGGGCGCUGGUCAUCGCAGGCAGUGAGGAGCGGGAAGCUCUGCUGAUGCGGGGUGCAAGCGCGUUCCUUGGAGAUCUCUCUGUGCGAGUGGCUGGUGGCGGGGCUGAGCUCUAUGUCGGUGGCUCUGCUGCUGCCGUGGUGGCAUCAAUUACUGAGUUUAUGAGCGGACCAGUUCAGGAGAGGCAUCCUGUGGAGGGUCUUCUUGCCCUUGCCGGUAACAGCGCGAGGGACCCUGACCCGGCCGUUGCACGCUUGGACGACCCCAGCGUGUACCUGGUUCCAGGAUGCGACGGCGGAGAUUUCGGCCAUUUGGCGACGUUGGCCCAGAGUUUUAAAAACUGCCACGCGUGUCAGCUCGAGUUUGACGAGGAGGCGAUGCGGCGGACGUCACUGUCCGCCGUCGCGUCCCUCUUCGUACGAAGAGUUCUUCAGGAUCAGAGCCGCAACGGCCAGCCGAAAACGCAGGCGACGGCACCGAACGGCCACGACCCGGAGGAUAGCGAUCCAGAACCCAUCGAAGCCGGAGAUCUUGGAAGGAAGGUGGUGCUCGUGGGCCACGUGACCGGUGCCUCCCUUGCCUUCGAGAUGGCCAUGCAUCUCCAGGAGGCCCAGAUCGAGGUCGCGUUGGUUGUCAUCCAAGGUGAAGUGGCCUGGUCUGGCGGCCCUGUUCCCGACCGCUCUUUCAGCGCAAGCUGGCUUGGGAGCACUUGUGAGGCCACGCUGCUUGUCGCCAGAUGUCUGGGCGCCGCGGACUUCGCAAGCAAAGAGGCAAAAGCCUUGUGGCAGAUGCAGGAGGAUGAUCCGUAUGUUCUCAAAGGCCAGCUGAAGGCAGCCUGUCAGUUCGCCUUCGAAGGCCACGAGUGCCAAACAGAACUUAGCGGACAGAUCUUUCGGUCAGGACUGGAGGAGGCAUCCAAGAAGCUGGUGAUGAAGGCUUACUGGAAACUGUCAGAGAAGCUGAACGGACUGUCUGUGGAUGGGUUCAAGUCCCUGAUCCACACCACUGCAAAGCGAAUAGAUUGGCUCAUGGGCGUUGGCGCUGAAAGCGGUUGCUCCGACGGCACCUUUGACGGGCCUUCGCUUCUGGUGCUGGCGAAAGACUGCCCUUCAGAGGAAGCGGAGCACCUUCGGUGUGCCAAUGGAUUGUACUGCAACAACCUGGAUGUGGUUCAAGUUCCCGGUGACCGACACAGCGUGCUGAGUCCAGAGACCGCGCUCUCCCUCGCGGCAGAGAUCCAGGCAUUCGCUCGGCACUGGAUGCGUGGCCUCCGGUGUCAGGAUUGA